AAGCAGCAUCCGUGCCUCGCGACAUUUUCGGCAGCGGCAUUGUUGCUCUUUGCUGCUCGCGGCCGUUGCGGAUUUGCCCGCAGCAAAUGUACCACCUUCUAUCUAGCUACAGGAGCAAUGCUAGCUUUUGUAAUCGCCUAAUGUUGUUUUUCUCGUAAAUGUUAACCAGCUCGUAACGUUUUAAGUUCAGGCACGUUGCUAGCUAGCUUGAUUAGCACUCGCGAAAAAAUGAAUUCCAACACGCACGUCAUUCAGGUGACAAAUGUCUCCCCGAGCACAACGUCCGAACAAAUGAGGACUCUGUUUGGAUUCCUCGGGAACAUAGAGGAGCUCAAACUGUUUCCACCUGAGUGAGUAUUGUGAACUAUUCAUUUGUAAAACGAUGUCUUUACCGAGCUUACGUGGCUCACGCUGGGCUUCUCUUGAGGCCUGUUGCUAGUGUCGAGUAACGUUAGGCCUCUGUGCACGGCAUGCUAAUGCUAAUGUUUGCCCGCGCCUUUAGUUCAGCAGCAUCACUCGCCUAUUCCGCAUGAGGGACACAUGUACUGAUAAUUGCUCAUGUUAUGCAAUUAGGUGAGGGUUUAAGCAAGGGUUUAAAUGUCCUUUCUUCUACAGACUGAGCUGUAGCUAGCUAACCGUUUAAGGGGCUUUCACACCGCUGCGCAGUAACUCGCCGCCUCUAGUCAUUUCAAUGAGGGGAAGGCGGCAGAGGCGAAGCGGUUUUGACCACCGCGAUAGAUGUUGGUGCCCAUGGGUAACGCAAGUAUUCUGCUCUGCUCCCAGGGGUGCUUGAGUGGGUUCCAUGCGGUCCCCAGCAAAAAGGGGAAUUUAUUUCAUUAAUAACUAACACAAUAACAGGAUAUAUGACUAUUUUGGCCAUUAGUUUCAUACACUUUCUGUAAUAAAACCUCCUAAAAGCAAAACUAUCAGAUGGGGGACCCUGGGACAAAGUCUUAUCAAGUAGGGGUCUGUGGUCUAAUUUGUGUCAGUUUAGGGGAUUAUUGAUGUAAAAAACCAAAUUGGGAACCACUUGUAUAAUAAGUCAUAAGAAACCACUUUGAUAAAAUGUUAACGUUAGUUGUUUGAGUCACUUAUCAAGCCAAAAUGCUAGGACUUCAACUAAAGGUUAUGUGUGUCAUCUAUUAAUCUGACAAUUACUUUUGAUUAAUCGUGUAGCAGCCACAUGUCAGGAAAUGGUUUAAAAAAUGGCAUUACAAUUUCCCAUAGUCAAGUUUGUCUAAAAGCUAAAGAAAUAUUCAGUUACAAUAACACAAAUAAAGCAAUAAAUCCUCAUAUUUGAGUAACUGAAAAUAGCGUAAACACAGCAUUUUAGUUUGAUAAAUGACCGUUAAAAUCAUUAUCAUUGUCAAAAUUGAUGUCUGUUAAUUUGUCUAAUUGUUUUAGCCCUGAAAAAUACCUAGCAUUAACCAAUUUAAGUUUGUCUUUUUCUGCUUUACAUCACUGUAAAUUUAAUAAUUUGUGUAUUUUCUCUUUUUCUAACACAGACUAAACAAUUAAGUAAUGGGAAAUUAGUUUGUCAGAUUAAUCAACAGUGUAAAUGAACAUUAGUUGCAGCCCUAGAUGUAACCGCUGCAGCAUUUUCUGCUUAAUUGCUGAUUAAAACAAUGUGGAAAAACAAAUUAACUUAGUGUUAAUGUUGUCAUGUCAUUGACAUCCUGUUAGCAAUCCCUCGGGUUUCCCAUAUCUCCCUUGGGAUGCUAAUGAGCUACUGCAAUAGGUACUCUACAGUGUUUUAACAUUGACUAUAGUAGGAAAUAAUUGUUGUCUGCUUUGUAUUUUCCUGUAUCCAAUUACACCUGGCUUCUCAGCAGGUAGGACAUGUCGAGGACCAUAACAACAACAAAGAUUCAAAGCGUCAGUGAUCGACAGUGUUCUUUGAUUCUCAACAGAUUGUCGAUGAGGGUUGUGAUAACACUACAUCACACUGUAAAAAGUCUCUCUUAAGAUACCUUGUUGGUCUAAGCAAAGGAUGUAGAGGUCAGAGAGUGGAUGCGAUUGUACAGCCCAUAAUCCAUUAUUAAGUUAGUGGUCCCUGGGGACACAACACUCAUUGUCAGUUUGAAGAAGGCAUGUUGGGUCUCCUUUUUUGUAUUCCUUGCACAACAUAUCUGUAUUUUCUUCCAGUGACUCUCCCUUGCCUGUGACUUCACGUGUCUGUUUUGUAAAGUUCCUUGAGUCUGAGUCGGUGGGAGUUUCCCAACACCUGACGAACACCGUCUUCGUGGACCGAGCCUUGAUUGUGGUCCCUUUUGCAGAAGUGGACAAGUCAUUUGCAGAGAGCCCCUUCCUUGCUGGCUGAAAGUGGUCCUCUGCUGCCAUCAGGAGAUUAGAAAAAAAUAAUGGCACCAGGCUCGCAAGCCCCCUUCUGUCUCUUGUUCUGCAGUAAAAUAUUAACUGUUUAUUUUUUUUUCUCUCUGUUCAAGGCAUCUUUUCUUGAAAAAAAAUUGCCACAAAACUCUUAAGUAAAAUAAGGGGGUGGUAGGAGAGGGUGCAGGUCAAUCUCAAUUCCAAGUUUAAAUAUGUUUUAAAUAAAAUGUAUGUCGAUUAGUAGGCAUGCACCAGACUAGGGAUGCCCCGAGCAGAUCUGCCGGAUCGGUAUCGAGGCAGAUUAAGAAUUUUUUUUUUUAGUUAAUUGGUAUUGACUUUAAAGCCAUUUCUGAUCCUGUUUAUAUUGGAACCUUUUGCACUCUGGGUAUGCCAGUUGCCAAAAUUUCCCAUUGUGCUUGAACCAAUAAACAUCAACAAUGAGUUCACUUCAUGUUAUCCACACUGAUGGCAUGGAUCCGCGUGCUGGUGUUAUACACCGCUUAAAAAAAAAGUUUAAACCUGGGUAUACUGUGUAAUUUGUGUUGCAUACCAUACAUGUAGUUGAUUUGCUGCCACAACAGAUCCAUGCCGACACUCCUUGUGCACUGAUAAUAUAUGCAACACUGUAGGAAACCAUUAAAGACCCUGCACGUACACACUGGUGUUUUCAGUUACUGGCUGAUGAGGCAUAUUUUCAGGUUUAAGUUGGGCAGGGCUAAGGUGGGAGUUUGCUUAGGUCACCAAACUCCAGGUGUAAGUUACCCUGCCCUAACAGGUGCAGCAAAGCCUAGCAAUAGAGUGAGGGAGAUGUCAAUCAAGCACGGUCUUACAGGUCCACAGUUCUGAGGAGAAGUCUAAUCAGCCAAAUAAGCGAAGACUUUACCUGUGUUGUGGUGUUAGGGUGUGGCUUUGUUUUCUUAAUGUUAAACAAACCUAUCCAAACUGAAUUACUUUAUUAAAUGUAAUCUUGGCCUGAUAGGCUGAGAAUAGGCUGCUUUAAAAAAAGGAAAAUGUUCGGGGCAUCCCUACACCAGCACAAAGUAUGCAUAAUAGAUUAACUAAACAGCUGUGCAUGCUAGAAUAGAUUUUGCAGAUGUUGUGGAAGUUGAGUAUAUAAUUUGGUUAUUAAUCAUUAUAAGCACACAAAUUGCCUUUGGCAUUUACUUGCUUCAUGUGCCAAAGCCUUGUAUUAUUUUACACUGUGCAUCUGUAUUUCAAAAUUUUCACUAACACACAAGAUAAAAGUAGUUUUAAGCCUCUGCUUGAUGUUGCAGUAAAAUGCUUUUUAUUGACCCUCUCCACACAUGACUCUGAUAGAGUUGAGUGAAUCUCACGUUUAACAGUGGUGUUUCUUUUGUUGUUGUGUUUUACAGUUCUUUUUCCUGGUUCAGCCAGCCCUAUAUACCAGGCCCUGCUGAAAAUGCCACCAACAGUUUUGUCUUCUGCAGCCUUAUCCUGUUUCUCAAGUGUCCUUUCUGUUGUGUGUGUGUGUGUGUGUGUGUGUGUGUGUGUGUGUGUGUGUGUGUGUGUGUGGCGUGUGUGUGUCUCUCUCUCUCUUUCUCCCAAUUUAAAAUGUAAAAUGUCAGAUAAAAAAAAUAGCCUGUUUUCAGAUUGCACCAUGGAUGAUCAUCUCCAUAAGAUUUUCCCUUUUGAUUUUACUUUUUGGUUUCUUCAGCUUUGGGCACAUUUGUCGUGAUUUUAUCACAGCUUUUGCUUUUAAUAGCCCUUAACUGUUAGUGCAGUUUAUCUUUGACAUUGUUUUGUGUUUUUAGUAACAUACUGUUGGCUAAAACCUAGCAGUACUGUAGCUUGUUAGCAAUACUAUCUGGUUGCAAAGUAAGUUUUUCUUUUUUUGUGGUGGGAUUGUACAAAGUAACCACCAACAAAAGCCCAGAAAAGGUAAUAUGUCUGAACCUUUUCUGUUUUUGUAUUGGUAAUGGUAAGUGAUGUUGAAAUGUACCCUUGUCUACACCCAAAUCAUGAACUUUUCUUUCUGUAUCUCAAUGUUCUUGUGUGCUUUAUAGCGAAGCAGCCGGCACGAGUCGCUUGUUCAUAAAACAUCUAAUGAAAGUUGAGAGCACAUCCCACGGGACAACUGGCUGUGCUUGCUUACGUUUGGUUCAUGACUUAAAAAACAAGUACAGGAGUCAUUCCUGAUGAAUCUAAAGCUAUGUCUCUGCUGGCCCCAGCCAAUGCCGUGGCAGGAAUGAUGCCUGGGGGAGGCCUUCUUCCAACACCCAAUCCUCUGGCAACAAUGGGAGGGACGCCAUUCGGAAGUCUUGGGGCUCCCAGCAUGGAGCAAAUGGCUGCCAUGGGAAUGCAGGGCCCUAACAUGAACCCCCAGGCUCUUUCUGCAGACUUCCUGAAGCUCAUGCAGUCCAUGGACCCCAAACUGAAUCCAUUAGCGGCCGGACUGAACUUGAAUGCAGGGCUGAAAAACGAUGCCUCCAAUAAGGAGAUUGAAGAGGCCAUGAAGAGAGUCCGAGAGGCCCAGUCUCUCAUCUCUGCAGCCAUUGAACCAGGAAAUAAGAAAGAUGACAAGCGCAAACAUUCCCGCUCCCGUUCGCGGUCACGGCGCAGGCGCUCCAGAUCUCGCUCAAGACACCGACGUACGAAGAGCAGGUCUCGGCGGAGGUCUCAUUCAAGGAGUAGGAGGAGGUCCAAGAGUCCGCGGAGGAGGAGGACCCACUCCCGGGACAGAGGCCGGCGUAGUAGAUCUAGGGACAGGAGGAAGGAGGAGAAGUCUAAGAAAAGGUCUAAGACGCCCCCCAAGAGCUACAGCAGUGCCAGGAGGUCUCGAAGCAUUAGUCGGAGGCACAGGCGAAGCCGCAGUGCAUCUCGGUCCCCCAGGAGGAGGCUGUCCAGGUCUCCGUCGCUGAGACGUCACAAGAAAGAGAAAAAGAAGGACAAGGAGCGCGAGAAGGACCGGGAUAGAGACAGGAGGGAGGACAGGGACCGGAGCCGAGAUGAAAGGGAACGCUCCAGCAGUAAGAAGAAAAAGAGCAAAGACAAGGAGCGAGAUCGGGAACGCAAAUCCGAUAGUGAGAAAGGAGACGUUAAGGUGACCCGGGAUUACGAUGAAGAGGAGCAAGGUUAUGACAGUGAAAAGGAAAGAGAGGAGGACGACGACGAGAGGAAGAGCGACUCCGACUCUGCCUCAUCCCCCAAAGGCCAGGAUGAGAUGGAGAGAUCAGAGGGUCAAAUCCCCAAAAAGUCCAAACUGAAUGGAGACGACCACCAUCAGGAAGACAUGGAGAUGAGCGACUAAGAACAUCCCGAACCAGACCUCGUUACCUUUUCCACUUUCCUCUUUUAUAUUUUUAAUAUCGGCCACAACAUGUCUGUGCCUGAUCACUCAAAGUUAAAGAUUUGUUGUCUUAACUGUAGAAGCAUUUGGGGAAAAGCGGUUGUAGAAGGAAAGCAGUCCAAUAAUUUUUGUAAAGAGGACUAAAAUAUAACAUGAGACAUGGUUUUAAAUUGUCAUUGUACUUUUUUUAAUAUCCUGUUUUUUUCUUUUUGUUGCCUUUUGUGUUCAAACUCUGUCUUCCUGGCAGUAGAAUACACAGCAUUUCCCAUUUAAAGUGCUGUUGUGUAAAUAUUUUGCUAGUCGGGAUUGAGUCCUCUCUCCUUUCAGAUUGUUAGUCACUCACCUCCCAGCACCAACCAUUUUGCUUUAACUGUAAUGCACGAAGUCCUGUUUCAGCUGACCUUCCUAUAUACAACCCUUUGUAAGUGUACACUGUAGAUUGAAAUGUGUUGUUGCAAUGAAAUACAUUAGGUUUUCCAAAGGAAACUAAUAAAAUUGGCUCAAACUGUCAA